UUUCUUAUGAGUAUCUGUUUUAGAGAGGACAAAAGAUAAGUAAUAAGCUUUAAAGAUGCUUUCAAGAUUCAAGUAGGGUUUGCUAUGUCAAGAGGUACACACGCACAGCGGUUAUUCACAACAAAACAAAAUGGCGGACGAGAAUGACAAGACACACUUUGAUGCAUCGUAAGAGCUUUCUUCUAAAAUAAUUCAUAUAUCACUUUAAAAUGGAUACUUUAGAAACAAUACACGCCGUUACUGUUGGCAACCGUUGUUUCGCGCACAUUUACGAUAAUCUGGAAGUUCAGGAAUUGCUUGAGUUGGAAGUCCAUGUCGAGGUUAACAGCAGCGUCCGAAGAACGACUGAAAGACUUCUUCUUAAGCUUACAACUAUCUACAGGCUUUUCCAGCUUAUCUUGUCAAGAAGGAGAACAUGCGGGAAACUUUAUGAUAUUUGCUAUUAUUUGAUAAAUAAUAAUAUAAUUAGGAAACUCGUUUCAUGUUUGGAAGACACGGAUUAUCACGUUGUCUUUAUGACUGCUAAGGCCAUUUCUUCAUUGAUGUUAUCAGUUCCCUUGGUUUCCACAGCUAAAACUCAACUGGAAGGGCUUUUUCAGAACUGUAACGAUUCCGAAUGGAAAUAUCUUUAUGUAAUUAGUAUUUUAAAGCAUAUUCUUGAGAGUCGUGCUGGCGAUGACGCUCAUAACGUGAGAAUGCAUUCCCAGAAGUCGUUAAUUUGCAACUGCGUUAACAGUGAACCGCUGUCGUUUGGAAACGAACAGAAGAGCAGUAUUGAACUUCUAGACUUUAUCGUGACACGAGAAUGGAUGUCUAUUUUGCCUUCGUAUGUUCCCCUUUGGAAUGAAAUAUUUGUGGGAUGCAUUGAUGAUAUCACCGAAAAUCCAAACUCUACAGCAGUGGAUCUUCUAGAAUAUCAUUCAAAACUAGCUUCCAGUACUCAUGAAAGAAAUGUUGUUGGCUGCUUUGAUAUCUCUUCAAGAAGUGAACAAGUCUUUGUGUCAUUCCUUAGCUUUGUAGCAGAGUUCCUUAAUUGGACAUUCAGAUCUUGCUGUAACGUAGACCCACAAAAAGAUGUCAUGGGUGGAAUUAUUUUUGAAAAUUUAGAAUCCAAAAAGGAGAUGUUCUUACUGAACAUCAUAGGAGUAAUGCCUCAUUUUCUCCAUGUUAAGGAACUUUCUUCAGGAGUUUGGAAAGCAAUACUACAAUUAUUGUCUYUUUCUCUAAACACAAGCACAUCAAUACAGAACCCCCAUCAUUGCCAACAACAAACCCUGAGUUACAAGUAUAUCCUUCAUUCAGCUACAGCAUUUAUCUGUACUGUUAACAGUGGUAUCCUGGACAAUUUUCCAACACAUGCAGGUUUCGAGGGUUUUGGAGGGAGCUUAGUGAAACCAGUUAAAGAAAAACAGAUAAUAAUUUGUCAAACUAGAGGUCCUAAUACUGGUGUUUUCAGGCAAGCUUCUUUGUUGGUUGUACAGGCAGCACUGGUUUUGUUGAAUACUUGUGAGAACUACAAAGAUGCUCAACUUAGCCAAGACAUAUUCAAAGCUAUAAAUAUCUGGUAUGGUGCUUUGCUCAAGGUAGGAGCAAAUGACCAUGGCAUCCGGGAGGCAUACCAGAAAGUAUCAAGUAACUAUGACAACCAAGAGGCAUUUCACAAACAACCAAGUUUGAUUUUGAUGGACGUUUUUGCUGAUCAAGAUGAUGAAAUGAUUCAUAUUAUGUUGCUAUUACUGCAGUUGUUCAAAGUUUCAAGGGAGCCAGCUUACCAAGAUGCCACAGCCAUCCUGGACACCAUAAACCCACACCUUGUUUUCCAGGCAUUCUUAAAGGUUAUUGAUUUUGAUUAUUCAGUCUUACUGGAUUUUCUCAUCUCAUCUGAGACUGUCUUUCUUGAGUAUCUGAUGCAAUAUCUCCACUUCGUUCUACAAGACUGGCAAGACUUUUGUCAAAACUGCAACCAUUUAUUUGAAAGCACUAUAAUUACCGAUGUCCAAUCAGAAACUAAACAAACCUUAAGAGAAUGUCAGCAAAUUCAGCAUGAUAAGGGCAGGGAGAUUUCCAAUCCACCAGAUGGUAAACCGGCUUCUUUUCCAGAAGGAAUAAUGGCUUGCAAUCAUGCUAACUCUGGGGAUGUAUCAACUAUAUCUUCACUAAAGGGUUUGGAUGGCCUUUCAAAUAUCUUAUCUGCUUAUGGAAGUGAUACUGAGGACGAUGGUGAUGAGGAGGAGGAGGACGAAAAUUUUACAUAUAUAAGGCAGAGCUAUCCUGAUGACCGACAAGGACAUUUAGAAGAUGUUGAUAUCCAUAAUAGCAAUACAAAAGUUAGCAUAUCUAGCUAUGAUAAUGCUGAUCAUACCUACAUAUUUAGUGGCGUUAAGGUAGAGAUAAAUAACGAUUUUAAUAAUUAUACGGGCCGUGCAUGUGAUCGUGAAAGGAAUUAUAGUAAUGAAGGCGAUAACUGUGUUGUCUAUAAUAGUGCAUGGAAGGAUGAAAAGAAUAAGGACGAUAAUGAUGUUAAUGAUAUUAAUAUGGGUAUUGCUUGCAUCGAUGAUAUGAAUCAUGGUGAUGGCGACGAUAAACAAAUGCCUUGCCUUGCUCGUGGAAUGGUCACAGAUGAUGUUGAUGUUAAUGAAGGGGAUGUCGAUGAUGAUGUUAUUGACGAUGACGAACACGAUGAGAUCAGCAGUUCCUGUGGCAUUCAAUUACAAAGUGAUGGUAUGUGCACGAUGUUGGAGAAGAUCAUGUCAACACUUAUCCACACUAGAAUUGCUGCUGAACGACUAAAUGAGGGGUCCCUCUUUCCCUACCAAGUGAAACCACUGAUAAAUGCCAUGAAAAGAGUUGAGAACCUGUAUGAUGGAUGUUGAAAACAAAACAUUGAACUCAGUAUAGUAAUAAUACUCUUCGAAACGUAGUCUUCUUUAAAAUAAAGAAAACGCAAAAUAAAAAUAAAAAAGAACAGGACGCUGUUACUAGGAGCCUGCAUCCACAUCAGGGAUUACAUGAAUUGAUAGCCUUGGGUUCCAUACAAUCCUGAACUAGCACAUUCUCCGAUCAGGAGCCUAUUAGUAGGAGUGCCCGUCUACCAUUCUAUGACUGUGAAACCAGUAUAAUCCCAGAUCAGGAACCCAUUACUAGGAGUGUCCGUCUACCAUUCUAUGUCUGUGAAACCAGUAUAAUCCCAGAUCAGGAACCCAUUACUAGGAGUGCCCGUCUACCAUUCUAUGUCUGUGAAACCAGUAUAAUCCCAGAUCAGGAACCCAUUACUAUUAAUGUCUCUUUUACUCCAAGGAAGGACUAGCUUCCGAAACGUCGGUAAUUUUUUCAUCUUUUCACGGUGUAAAAUUUACCCUUUUAUCAUUACUGUUUCAUUAGAAACACUGACGAAGCUCACACUAGUUUUUAGCUAGUUAUCUCUUCUUAACCCAUUACUAGGAGUACCCGUCUCAGACCCAGUAUAUUCCCAGAUCCCAUUACUGGGAGUGCCCCGCUCUCUCACAGAAAGCCUCGUUAAGUAAAUAUAGGGCACUGUUUUGACUAUAAUAAAAAAGGCCAUUGAGAUUUUCGAGGAUGAAACUACGUGCAGAGAACCAUACGAAUGGAGUUGUUUUUUCAAGUUUAUUCGUCUUUGCGUGGAAUCAUGAUAUUGAAAAACAUCCUUGAAAUCCUGACCUUAAGAUGUGCCGAUCAGGGUCAGUAAAACAUUAAAGUUGAAGGCUUUAAUUGCUGGGCUCAGUUGGCAUUUGAAAAGGGUGGAAAUGUGAAGGCGGUAAUUGAACAAGUACGGCUCAAUUAUCUUAGAUGUUAUUAUAGGUUCUAUUUGUAGACUGCUCUAAAGAUAUAUAGCAAUCAAACAAUAUAUAGUUAACUCUGCGGUGGCCCCUAUUAAAAACAUAAUGUGUCUGAACU